UAGAGGUUUUCCUGCAUCCACUUAAAUAACCAUUUGAACUUCGAUUUCAGAUUUAAAGAGUCUAAAACGGUCAAAUGUAGCUCGAGUCGGCGAUUUGAGCGUCUGGAAAAGCUGGACUCAUGCUCAUACACGCAUGUGUGUAUUAUUGCUCGGAUAAUGCUAAUUAAACACAGUUCUUCAGAAUCGCACUUUAAGUCAGAGGUGAGAAGAAAAGGUGCAUUAACAGCCGAUAACUUCUCUGUCAUGUGGAAAUAGAUCUAUUGGACCUACCCAAAGUGGACUUUGGCGGUGAUAUUGGAGACUAUUUGAAGCGAGCGUCGUUGAGGUGCAUUGAAAGUUCGCUCGUUUUUGGGUGAGCUUCGCGGACUGUGGUAAUCAAUGUGGUGUUCGCCGAAAAUACGUGUGGCCCGAAACUCACCUAAACGGAGAGAUUCGACAGUGAGGUGCGUCGGAUGCUUAUGGCAGAGUGUAUAGGUUGAUACGUCUUGGGAGUGAUGCACUGGCUUCCCCUGGUUGCCAUGGUGAUCGCCUCGGCCCUGCCUUUCCCUCAAAGUCAUGUCCCCAGGCUUGUUGCCGCGACGAUAGAGCCUGGCAGAAACAACAGCAGCAUGCCGGUCAACUCGCCAGUAGACAAUAGCUCCCAUGAAGCUACUUUACACAACAACAGCAAAACCAACAAUUUGAACUUCAGCAGACAUGACAACGCUCCUCAUAGAACAAUUAAUACACAUGAGCAGAGCAAAGUAAUGGACAGCACAUUUACAAAUGAGGAGAACCAAAUAUCCAAGGAUGAAGCAAAUCAAGAAAAUAAUUUACUAGAACACAUAUUUUACAAUAGCACAAAAAAGCAGGACCACACCGGUGGAGGUAGGACUACCAGAGAAGAUGCCUCCAGGUCACAUGAUCACAAGGAAUACAAAUCACAAAAAAAUGCCAGCCGAGAUCGUUCCCACAACAAUAAUAUUCUCAAAUACUAUCAACUUAGCCAGUUUCUCGAAGAAAGCAGUACUAAGCCAGAGAACUCUCUUAAAGAUGACAGGAACACCAGAAGUAUGCUGAAAGAUGAGGUUCUUGAUGGUUCUAAGAUGACAAAAAUAUCUCUGGAGACAUUUCCCAUCCAGGAAGUUUCGCAAUCGGAUGGUGGCAGCAAUGGAGGAACGCUGGCAGAGCAAGAUCGAGUAAAGACAAUGAAGUUGCUAGAGGAAGGGCUAAAAGCCAAACUGGGCUUUGGGCUGGAUGACGUAGGCCUACGGGAAGAUGAUCAGAUGCUUUUACUGGACGCCCAUCCCCGGGUUCUCUUCUCCCCUGCCCUUUCCCCACCCAAACACCCACCUUUGCUCUUAAUGCUAGAGUUGGGCUUGAUGGGUGAUGAUGUAGAGGAAAACCACUUGAUGGACUUAACCCCAUCCAAACAGGGAGGUGACCGAGAGACGUACAGGAACUUACUGUUAGGUCUCUCUGAUUCUGAUGGUCUCUCUUCUUCAUUCACAUUCUCCAAUGACCCAAACACACUAGUCCGCCACAAGCGACAAAUUGGCCACGGCGCACAAGGCCGCGAACGUUCAGUAUGCGAGGCCGAAAACGUGUGGGUGACGGAUAAGAAGUCCGCAAUAGAUCUCCGGAGCAAAACGGUCACGGUGCUGCCAGAGGUCCAAACCCAGACGGGCCCGCUAAAGCAGUACUUCUAUGAAACGAGGUGCCGUAAGCCAUCUCAGCAGGGUACAGGGGAAGGGCAAGGGGUGGAGGGGGCCAGCUGCUUGGGGGUGGAUAAGAGACACUGGAUGAGUAAGUGUGAAACCAAGCAGUCGUUUGUGCGCGCGCUUACCUCUGAUGACAAUAAGAGAAUAGGCUGGAGGUGGAUCCGUAUUGACUCAUCCUGUGUGUGUGUGCUGCUCACUAGAGGAACAUACAACACAGAGAGGGGAAGGCAGCGAGAAGAGAAAAGGUACAGAUAAUCUCGACUGUCAGUUCUGUUCCUCCAGUGCACAUAUCAGUCUGUCCACUAUGAGGGGAAUUCCUUUUCCAGAUGUUCCUGCAUAUCACUCUACAAAAACAUAUCACUGUACCCCAAUGUCCCAUUGAGGGAUUGUUAACACAAAAAUGAUGUUUUGUCACUUGAAUGCCAUAUGACUUUUCAUAUGCACAAAAGGAGAUGUUUAGGAAAUAUCCACAGGCUAUUCUUAACUUUAUAAUGAAAGAGAAUGGUGUUCCACACUGUCAAACUCCAAAAAGGCCAAAACAUACCAUAAAAGUAGCGCAAAAUUGUGCACUGCAUUCUAGAUCUUCUAAAGCUAUUUUCUAGUGUACACUUUCUCUUCCAUCUUAAGUUCUCCUGGAGCAUUUAUCAUGGCUCAUUUUAAGUUUGCUGUCAUCCAUCUGGUCUACUGUGUAUCUACCAUCCCUAAGUAGGCCAGUUUGCUAACUGUAUACUCACCCAAACAAGGAAACCUCAAUGAUUAAUGUCAGAAUGAUUGAGUUAAAAAAAAAAAAAAUUCUGAUGCUGUGUUACAGUGCAGUUGUUUUAUUGUAUCUAUAGUAUACAGACAAUAAGUUAUUUCUUUUUAGGUAGUAUCUAAGCAUAAGUACUUGAUAUUAAUAUAUUUCUUUAUAAAUGUACAAUUUGUGAAACAUACAUAAAUGCAAGUAUGCAUUCCUGUAUAUGUGUAUUUAUAAGAACAACAAUUUGAGGACUUGUUAUUGGCCAGCAUAAUUUUUUAUUUUAGAUGAAGGCUUUCUCAUAUCCCUCUGGAUGUGUGAUCUUCGAGUACCUGCCACACAUGGAUUCAGUAUCGUUUGCAUCUUAGAAUUAUUGUUCACCAUUGGACAGUUCCUACUGACGACUGACAUUACGCACACAAACGGUAUAGUACAAAUAUACUGUACAAAAUGGGAUGACAAGAGCUUUUGUCAGUAUACCUGUUCACUGUAUGAAGAAAGUUAUGGAGUUCAGCUGUAAGUGGGUUUGAUGUCAUUUUUUAUAUUGAGUCAUUGUAAUUAAGUAUUACUUGUAAUCUUUGUAAAGUAGAUACUUUUGUAUAUGAAAA